UUUGAUUUUUGAAACCAUUUUGUUUUCCUGUGUGUGAUUAGGGUUCCACUUAGCUCCAAAUUUUCUAUACUCUCACAUAAAUAUCCGAUCUCCCAAGAUGUCGCUGUCGACGGUAUUUCUCCCGGAAGAACUUGUUGCCGAAGUGCUUUCCUUUCUUCCUGUCAAAUCACUCUUGCAACUGAGAUGUGUCAGUAAGUCAUGGAAGUCACUCAUCUCUGAUCCCAUCUUUGUCAAACGACACCUUAAACGAUCUGCGUGUAAUCUGAACCUCACACUUGUAUCUUAUUUCUUUGUUGAGGAUGAGGCAGCGUUUUGUUUGAUGGAAAACCCUCCAAUCAUUGUCCGUCGUUUCUAUGAUCCUUACCAUCAAUUGAAAGAUAAGGACUGCAACUCUAUAAUUGGUUCUUGCAAUGGAUUGAUAUGUUUGUUAGAUCUUUCUUACUUCGAUGGCCAUAAAGAGAUGUGUCUUCGUUUUUGGAAUCCUGCUACAAGAACAAUAUCAGAAAAAGUAGGGUAUUCUAUAGAACAUAAUUACCAAUAUUAUCCUAAUUUGACAUUCGGUUAUGAUGAUUCAACCGAUACUUAUAAGGUGGUCUAUUUCAUUUCUGAUACGACACAGGUAAGAGUUUUGAGUUUGGGCCAUAAUGUUUGGAGAAAUAUUCAAAAUUCUCCCCAUGAUCAUGAUUACAGAAUGAAUGUUGUGCAUUUGAGUAGUAGCUUCGUUUGGUUGGCAAAUCACAAUUACAUCAGUGAGAAAAUUGUGAUUAUUUCCUUUGAUUUAGGCACCGAGACACACACUCAAUUGUUGCCUCCAAAGGGGUUUGAAGAAGUGUCAUUUAUUAGACCAAAUCUAUUUGUUUUAAAGGAUUGUCUUUGUUUUUCUCAUGAUUUCAAUAAAACUCAUUUUGUUUUAUGGCAAAUGAAGGAAUUUGGAGUGGAAGACUCUUGGACUCAAUUCCUUAAAAUUAGUUAUCGUAAUAAUCUUCAAAUUGAUGAUCCAUUUAAUAAAUUCCGCCAUAAUUUGUUGCCACUAUGCCUUUUGGAGAAGAAUGAUACACUGUUAUUGACAGACGCAUAUCAACUUCAGAUCAUUCUCUAUAAUUGGAGAGAUAACAGAGUUAAAAGAAUCAAUCAAUCUUGGUGGUUUCAUUUCAAGAAUUAUGUUGAAAGUUUGGUUUGGUAUCGUUGAAAGUAAGGUUCGUACAUGAUUUAUUUACUUUUUUUGAA